AUGAAGGCCUCGCGGUGUCUCUACGGCGUUUCUGCUGCAAACUGUCUUCCCCCAGCAGCAAAGCCAGGCUCAGCAGCAGCAGCAGCAGCAACAGCUUCUGCUGCUGCUGCUGCUGCUGCUGCUGCUGCUGGUGUCCCUGCUGCAGCACGCACGGUGUCUCCUUCCAGGCAGCUGCUGCGGCUCAUGCUGCCUUACUGGGUGCUUAAGGCUCUACCUUCUGCUGCCGCUUCUGCUGCUGCAGCUGCUGCUGCUGCUGCCGCCGCUUGUGCUGCUAGACUGUCCAAGGGGAGGCUGAGCCUUCUGGUGUCUGUCUCUUCUUUGGGGGGCUACGCGGCGGCGCAGCAGGCGGGAGUGGACGCAGCAACAGCAGCAGCAGCAGCAGCAGCAGCAGGCCCUGCAGCAGCAGCAGCAGCAGGGGCCCCGCUUGCUGCUGCUGCUGUUGCUGUGGGGCCCAUCGCCGCGCUCUUUGGUGGCGUCUUUCUCUCCUCUGCUGCUGCGAAUUCUCUUAACCAAAUUAUUGAAAGGGACAGAGACGCAAAAAUGAGUAGAACUAGAAACAGGCCUUUGCCAGCAGGACGGCUGAGUGUGCCUGCGUGUUUGUGCUUCGCGCUAGUUAGCAGCUGCUGCGGUGUGGGGCUGCUGCACAGCUGCUUCCCGGAUUCUGCUGCUGCUGCUCUUGCUGCUGCUACGCUGCUGCUGUACGCCGGGGUGUACACGCAGCUCAAACCCCUCACCCCCUACUGCACACAUGUGGGGUCUUUUGUGGGGGCUUUGCCGCUUUUGAUUGGCUGGGCUGCUGCAGGAGGGGCAGCUUGGCUGGGGGUGACUUCGUGGAUGUACCCGAUUAGCUGCCUGCCAGCCAAUGUUUAUUUGCUGCUGCUGCUGCAGCAGUUCAAUGCAGCACCUUCGAGGCAAACAGCAGCAAAGUAUUUCCGGCACUCUUUGUGGCACAUUUUGGUGCUGCUGGCCCUAGCUUCCUACCACAUAAAGCCGCAGCAGCAGCAGCAGCAGCAGCAGCAGCAGCAGCUGCAGCAGCUGCUACAGCAGCAACGUGGGGACGGAAGCGGCUGCCCCCUGAAGCUGCUCGCAGAGGCCUCGCCGCUGGGGGCGUCUCUUACGGCAGCGCGGCCGCUGCAGCUGCAGCAGCAGCUGCAGCUGCAGCAGCAGCAGCAGCAGCUGUGGCGCACCGGCAGCAGCAGUCCUCUAGCAGCAGAUGCUGCAGCAGGUGCUGCUGUCGUGAGGCAGCAAGAUGCAUUUAAAGGGACAAGAACUUUUCUUUCUGUCUUUUGUCCCCACCAGGCGCUGCUGUUUCAGGAGGCGCGGUGUCCCUUUGCUUCUCGCCGCAGCAGCAGCAGCAGCAGCAGCAGCAGCAGCAGCAGCAGCAAAGACAGCAGCAGCGGUGAAGACGACAGCAGCAGCGUGCUCGUCUCUGAGGCCUAG